AGUGGAAUUUCUAUCGAGUGUCGUUCCUUCUUCGGCAGCAAUCAUGUCGGUUGCAGUUCCCUCACGAGUCUGUGAAUCUCCUGGGUGUGGGGAUCCAGCAAAGCUUCAGUGCCCCACAUGUAUAAAACUUGGAAUACCUGGGUCCUUUUUCUGCUCCCAGGCUUGUUUCAAACGCUCCUGGGAUGAACACAAGAAACUUCACAAGUUAGCGAAGGUUUCAAAUCGAGAUGAGAAAGAUGGUCAAGGAUUGUAUAACCCAUAUCCAGGGUUUCGAUUCACUGGAUUGUUACGGCCUGCACCUCUGAGUGCUACAAGGACAGUACCAGACAAUAUAAUGCGUCCAGAUUAUGCUAAUCAUCCAACAGGUGUGUCUGAGAGUGAAAAGCAGAUGAGGGGAACUACCAACAUCAGAGUUCUUAAUGAUGAAGAACAGGAGGCAAUGAAAGUUGUUUGUAAGCUAACUCGUGAAAUUCUUGAUGUAGCGGCGGAUGCCACAGCUGUUGGCAUCACGACUGAUGAAAUAGACAGAUUGGUGCAUGAGGCUACUGUUGACAGAGAUUGUUAUCCUUCCCCUCUCAAUUACUUUGAAUUCCCCAAGUCUUGUUGCACAUCAAUCAAUGAAGUUAUAUGCCAUGGCAUCCCAGAUAUGAGACCCUUGCAAGAUGGAGACAUAAUGAAUGUUGAUAUAUCGGCAUACCAUAGAGGAUAUCAUGGAGAUGCUAAUGAGACCUUUUUUGUUGGAAAUGUCAAUGAAAAUACCAAGAAAUUAGUGAAGACUACCUAUGAAUGCUUGAUGCUUGCUAUAAAUGAAGUGAAACCUGGUGUUCGGUACAGAGAAAUAGGAAAUGUGAUACAGAAGCACGCCCAGACGAAUGGAUACUCAGUGGUUCGCAGUUACUGUGGCCAUGGGAUACACGAAUUGUUUCACACUGCUCCAAGCGUACCUCACUAUGGCAAAAACAAAGCAGUUGGCAUUAUGAAACCUGGACAAGUGUUUACAAUAGAGCCUAUGAUUAAUGAAGGCACAUGGAGAGAUGAACUUUGGCCAGACAACUGGACUGCUGUCACUCAGGACGGAAAACUGUCUGCGCAAUUUGAGCAGACUCUGUUGGUAACAGACAGUGGAUGCGAAAUUUUGACGAGACGCAGGAAUCGUGAUGGGCAGCCUCAUUUUUUGGACUCUAUGUCCUGAUCCUCAUGUAUUUGUUAAUCCAUGGUUUGCCUUAAACUUGCAAAAGGUGGUUAUAAUGAAGUUAUUUCAAGGUUGCAUGUAGUGUAGGCAGUUCUGGCAAGUUUACGAAAGCCACACUUUUUUAGAUCAGGUGAAAUGUUAGAAAUUGAUCCACACUUAAUAAUAGAAGUAACUAGUUGAAGCAUGACAAAUAUGGGAGGGUACCUUAAUCCUUUCAUUGCCGAGGGUAUGUGUGCCUACUGUCGGCACUUAUUCUCAACUAAGGUCUACUUUACCCAGGAUCGGACCGCAAUGUCAUGUCUCAGUGUCAAUGGACUCAUGGCCUAGAUCUAGCCUACUCCUGACAUCAGACCCCAGGUCUUCAGUCAUGUUACUUUUCUUACCUCCUUCAUUCCCUAUAUCUCCCCCUAUCUUGCUCGAAAUUUUGAAUAAUUUGCAAAUCUAAGUCUAAAAGUGAAGUUUUCUAUCUUUUUAAAUUUGUUUAUUAAGUGUAUACGUUUGCGAGAGGACACAGCUGUCCACAAAACUUGAACUGUGUUUUAUUGAUUGCUUGCAAGCUUAACAGUAAAGUAAAACUAAAAAAUUUUGUUACCUAUCCUCUAAUGCACAUUUUUUAUUCCAGAAUACAGAAAUCCAUGCAGUGCUUGUGGCUAAAACUCCAAAGAAGAAUUAGAGUUAGAGCCAGAUAACUAGUGUGACAUACAUGUAAUGUCAUAGGCAACCAGGAGGGGGGGCACAAAGCUAAAAAUAAAAGUUAAGCAAUUUGGCAAUGUGCCAAGUAUGUCAUAAAAGGCAACAAAGCUUACAAAGAGGUUUAUGGAUUUGAUGUUGAUUAUUUGCAACGACUGGUGUUCUUUGUCUGAUACAGUUUUGUUUCUCAUUUCCUUGGCAUUUUCUUUUGUUUUAAUUUAUUCCACUAAUAGUAGUAGACUGGGAUGAGCACAGUUCAUUUACCCAUUAAACUUAAACAAUAUAGUCCAGGACCCUGCAAAGAGAAAUUUUAUAAGCACCUGUUUAUUUCACAGAGAAAUGUAUCAAGUUUUAUCAAACAUAACCCCUGUCAGUUGGUGCAUCCAUUGAGACCAAUAUUUAGUUCAUUCAUUAAGUUUCUAAGAAUGCCAGGCAUUUUGGUACCUGUUUCAAAAAGCAAUCAUGACCUUAUUAUUCACCACCGAACAAUGAAGUUAAGCUUGCUGUUUUGUAGGAGUUUUACACUCCCACCAACACUAUUUCUGAAUUUAGACAAUUUAAGAUUAGGAGGCGGGUUUCCGACCCUGCCUUUCAGAGUUUACCUGGGCUGAGAAGGAUACAACAUCCCAGCAAAAAGAACAAAAUACUCGAUGAAGUUGUUCUCCCAACUUGAGAAUGGAACUCUUGGUCUCCUGCAUGCGACAGCGAAGCACCUAACCGUUAAGACCGCAGACACCUGUUCUUUGCAUGUUAAAAGGCAAUAAAAGCAUACUGUGCAUUAUCUUUUCCAAAUGUGUCACUUUUUUUUAAAUUAAAAAAAAAACCCAACUUUUAAAAAUGAAUUGAAAUUAUAGUAGUCUCCGCUUAUGAUCCCACCACCACUUACAACCUCGGUUCACGAUCCUGCAUAACUUUUACCACAGGUACACUAAAGUCACCCCUAAGGUCCUGCUCUACUCUAAAGGACAACAUUCGCUUAAGUACCGCACAGAACAAAAGCGCGGGUGAGCACGGUUGAUCGACCAAAGUGUGAAAAUUUGCAAUCAUUCAACAUUGAACUUUCAUUGUGUCACAAUUCAGCCACUCUUGUGGACGUGAUCACAUUUUCACGGUAAAAUUUCUCGAUAAAACAUUUAUUGAUCAGUACAAUGUUUGCCCCAGAAUGAAUCCCACUGAAGUGUGAACUCGACAACCUUUUUCCCCCUCAGCAUCGAACUCGCAACUGAGCUCUCCAACUGAACUUUUAUCAUACACUGGGUUGGUACGGUGCAGUCACAACACAAUGGUGCGUUACAACAGCGGUGGGACAACUCAGUCAGAGAUGGAAAGCUGUUAAUUUUGAACAGGGAGGAGCAAAAGCAUCAGGGUUGAUCUUGAAAUUCACAAUUAGACUAAUGAAAAUGGCAUGCCUCGUGCCAGUGUGAUUGGUCAUCUAGGGUGACCCCUCUUUGUUCAUCAUUAGUCAUAAAGCCACCCCAGGGGUCAGUUACUUUAUUUCGGAGUGAGGGAGGAUCAUUUUACUUUUACAGAUAGUGGGCCUGACCGUGAGUCCCCAUGGAUUCUCCCCUUUGUGCGUUGGCUAAGAUCCCGUUCGCCUAAGAUACCACAUUUUCCUUGCUCUCAAGCUCCGGGAUAGUUGGCAGAGACUACUGCACUAGGUGUAGAUUGCUAAAUUAACUGUCACGAACCCCCUCCUACAGCAUACCACUAGCCUCUACAAUACUCGGAACCCUCAACAUAAAGUAGGUCAGCAUCACUGUCAUCCUCUUCUUCAGCACAAGAGAAAAGUCUAGAUCCAACCCGGCCCAUUAACAUAACAUGGGUCCAUCAGUUUAAAAAUGUCGCAAUACACAUUGUAUUGGUUUGCCAUCAUGUCAAAAUUCAUUUCAGGCUGUCCAAAAAAGAAAACAACUUUUAUUCUAUGUUAUCAGGGGAUGUGUUACUAGAGCAAUGUACAGUCAACUCAUAAUAAAGAAUGGCAGUUUGGUACACGGUGCCUGCCAAGACCAGCCCCGAAAACACAUUGGUAAUGACAGUGACAGUCUCUCGAUUUUUCCUAAAACAUUUUAUCAUAUUUUUUUAUUUUAUGUGUGGCCAUGAGUGAGUUAAUCUGUCUGUACAUGAUCUACAGUAUAACUUAUUAACAGGGGUAGGUCAAAGUCAAACACAGAAGACUCGAAAUCAUGCGUCCGUUGAACUGUACCUGCGGUCCCUUGUUUUUUCUUCUUCUUUAUCUUUGUAAGAUAUCCCGCCGAAUUCGAGCUAUCGGUGUUACACUUUAUUUUGUUAAUAAAGAUCAAAAGAAAGCAGAAUUCUCUGCCUAUCCGAAAAACGUGAUGUUGAACUGUGUAUCUAAUGUUGCACAUCAAACAACUUGCAGGGCUAUAGUGGCAUCUCUAGGUGGCAAAUAAUUACCGGUACUACAUUUUUUACAAUUGUCCUCGAAUUUCGUUCAUCAAGUUUUGUUUUACAUUGAAUUCAUUGAUGCUUUAAAAGUUCAGUCCAAUGCAUCCCAAGUUUUAUGUAGUAAAUUGCUCUUUGAAGUUGAAGCACCUGUCUUGGCAACAUACAUGGAUGUGGCACGUUUGAAAUCCGGUAUUUCAGAGGGGAUCAGCAUUUCAGUAUUGCGUACAAAUUUUCUAAAAAUAGUUGAAAGUGACAGACGUUCUGGUUCUUUGAGUUUGAGGAUUUAGAUAUCUUAGGAUUGUUUCCUUCACAGUUGGAACUUGGCUUCCAUGUCCGAGUUUUAUUUCAAAAACUCAAAGUGAAACUGUCUCACAGCCGUCUAUUUAUUUUGGUAUCAUGUCUCUUUUGCCCUCAACAAAAUUUUGCUGCAUCAGAUUCAGUUGUGAGCGGUUGGCAGGUGCUCGGGUUUGCUUCUUCUCCUUUUCUUUGUACAAAAGUUUCUGCCUAAAUGCACACCAUACAAAGGCACGCUCCGCUCAAACGCACACGUUCGUCAAAUUGUUUUUCUUGUACAAUACAAACGUUGGGUUGCUUCCUCUAAUUUACGCUUCAUCUGGCGAAACAUGCAGACAGUACACAGAUUGCAUAAAAGACAACUCUUAAUAACCGAAUGGCGAGGCAGCACCUCACGCUGAACAAAGAGAGUGAUACAGUGGAAACCUGAUAACCGCGAUCGGGAGAAUCCUUUAAAAAAACAGUCACGUAAAUGCGACGAUAGCAAAGAUCUCGCACCCUUCAAGAAUCACUAAAUUUAGGAAAUGAAAUGGUUGCGUCUCUUCCCCCUUUGCACACUUAUAUAUAUGAGUAUGAGCCCUCCCGACCGUGUGUGUUAAGGCAGAAACUACUGCACGGGCAGGUUACUCUUUAAUCCUCGGCACUUGCAUCUAGUUGUGUUGUAACUUGUAAGUGCUGUAAUACUCUUACCUAAAACUAAUCACUGAGCCAUGUCAAUUCUGGAAAAACUGCUUUUAUAGGUAUCUACCGUUUUCUAGACAGUUUGAAAUUGCUUGUCCAUUUCAUCUAGCAGUUUAUCAGUGAUUUUGUAUUAUUGUAUUUGUACAUGACAUUACUAUAAUUUAUAAUCAGUCAGUUUGCUUUUUUUACUCGAACAAGAAAUGCUUCUUUUGAAAACAUCAGUUUCUUCAGCUCAUUCCUCUGACUCUAGACCAGUGGUUCUCAACCUUUUUCAAUCCGCGAUCCCCUCUUGAUUGUUUUGCAAGUGGAACGACCCCUUAUACCCCAACCCCCAAAUAAAGUAAUUAAAAAAACCUUUUAAUUUUUAAAAAAUGCGUAGCCUACAAUCCAGCAGCAGACAAUUAGUAAGGCCAACAUUACAUAGUUAAUACAGAACAAUAACUGUACCUUUGAUGUUUCAAAUCAUAUUUCAAGAUAGCAAGUCGAGAAAAAGGAGAGAACACGCACAUACAUACGCACACACACAGAGAAAAAAAAACAAGUGAGAGGGCUGUGCCUGUAAUUCAGCGACCAGUCUUGAAGUUCUCUGGGAAGUCUUGAACUUGGAUAAAGCAAAGCGCACAAUACAUGUAUCAUCAGCAACAUCCAGCUUGUUCCUUGCUUUUGUCUUGAGUUGGACAACCACUUUCGCAAAGGUAAUGCGAUGCAAAUAAGACAAUGACUCGACGAAGUAGGGCCUACUGUUUUGCUGACCUGAGGGUAUGGUUCCUGGGGUGAACACCAAACUGUUGUGCAAGAGAUUCUCAAGAAACGUGUCGUGUGUUGAUGAAUCAUGUCUCAAUUCCAAAAGCUUGUCCAGGAAGAACUUGAUCUCUCUCAGCUCGAAAACCUGACGUACAACGUUUACUUUCGAUAACCAAUAACCAUCGAACUUAAGUGUAGAAAAACGGCGGGAAGUUAAAAAUAGCUUCGGCUCUCAACGUCUUGCAACAAAACAAGCACAGCCUUUCCCUUCCUCCACGGUUCAGAGUUCACACUGCGAGAGGCCUUGCUGCUCGCUUCUGCAGCAAGUGGCUUGCCAGGUUGCGAGCAAGUCAUGGGAGCCAAAGCAAAUCAUGGGAGCCAAGAGACUUUGCGAGCAAGUCAUGGGGCACAAAGCAAGACAUGGGACUUGCUGUGCUGCGAGCAAGAUUUGAGACUCGUAAGCCUUCGAUUAAUCGAGCAGACUCCAGCUCUACCGCGCAGUGACACCGUGAGCGGGGUUUCUCUCUUUCCCCCUCUCUGUUUUGACGUAAGUGGCUUCGCGGAUUGAAAGCAGGGUGGGGAGGAUGAGGGGGUCUGACACGAGUGGCUUUGCGGAUUGCUAGUUGGUGUGGACUUGAAGUUUCGGCUAGACUCAACUUAUCAGAUGCUGGUGAUUUGAUUUUUUAUUUGACCAAGUGAUUUGAGGCUUGUGACUUGAACUAGUGGCAUACGAGCAAGAGUGGGUUUGCUACCGGGGUACAGCUCUACUACUAGGCGUACACAAAUUAAACUCGGGCGAGACAGGUCUGGAUGAAAAUAUGCACGACUACCAUGCUUGCCCCUGUGGUGACCCCCUUCUCCGAAGCCAGCACUCAUGUAGCUUGUCAUAAACGAGGCUUCAAGCUAUUAUGCGUUGGCCUGUGGCCUGGGGCUAGGCUAAAUUAUACAUUGAA